AUGGAGUGGCUGGAUAUAGCAAAGGACCUGAACGCCGGCACGAUCGGCGGCGUUGCGGGUAUCGUGGCGGGCCAUCCACUCGACACGGUGAAAGUGCAGCUGCAGACGAGCCGCGAGGUGAGUGUGGGGGUCCUACGGACGCUGCGACGUGUCGUUAGCUCGGAAGGCGUCGCGGGCCUCUACCGCGGUCUGCUGUCUCCCAUCCUGAGCAACGCGCCCAUCAACGCCGUGGUCUUUGGCGUGCAGGGACAAGUGGUCCGUGGUCUGCAGCUGCAACACGAUCGGCCGUUGUCAAGUGUCGAGCACUUUGUCGCCGGGUCCAGUGCGGGACUCGUGCAGGUUUUGUUCGCGGCGCCAUCGGAGCACGUGAAAAUUCAGGUACAGACAGGUGCGAUCGGUUCACACGUGAGCUCUCUCGCUGCGGCAAAGACCAUUUGUCAGACACAUGGAAUUCGAACGCUGUUCAAGGGGUGGCAAGUGUGUCUCUUGAGAGACGUGCCUGCGUUUGGGGCCUACUUUUGUGGCUACGAGGCCACAAAACGAGCGCUCACGCAUGGAGAGAGUGACAACGAGACGGAUAUGAAGCUCAUGGUAGCAGGAGGUAUGGCUGGCAUGAUCUCGUGGGUCGUGAGCAUGCCGCAAGACGUGGUCAAGAGCUGCGUACAGAGUCAGAGUCUCGAGGGCAAGCAGGUGAGCAUCGCUCAGAUCGUCCAAUCUAGACUGCAGCAGGAGGGACCGCGAUUCUUUUUCAAGGGUUUUAGUGCAACGAUGCUUCGGGCGUUUCCUGUCAGCGCGGUCACGUUCUUGGUCUAUGAAAAGACGAUGCAGUACAUGUCCUAA